AUGAAAAACCUCCUGUCCGGCUGCGAUGGAAAGGAUAGUUCUACAACACUAUCAUCCUCUUCGGAGGACGCGUUCACCAGUUUUGAAUACACAGCCAGUUUACUCGAAUCGGCCACGGAUACCCUGUGUCAAAACUAUUGCAUGAAUGUCCUCCGUGGUUGUUUGGCUCCACCGUUACUGUAUCUCCCAGCGCAAGCCUUAAACGCAGACCCGUCGUUCAAAAUUGCCUCAAACUUUGUUCCAUCACCGACCAAUGUGUGGCAAUGGUUACUCAGCAGCUCACCAGAUCGACCCGGUUUGAGUUACAUUGAACACACUCUGGACGCGAUAUGGACAUCACUAAACGCCACCAAACUGGUCGAAUUGAUUCAGCAAGGUCUGCAACUGGCCCGAGUGGACGGCCAAAUACGGAAAGCUAAUGGAGAUAUGAUAGCCGAAGGAAUGGUUUUGCUACAGCAGAACUACUACUAUAUUUAUUUCUCCUCGACUUGUGUACCAAAUUUCGAGGAGAUCUGUUUGGUUUCCGAUUCAUGGUGA